AUGAAGGACCGCCUGGGGGAGCUGCGUCAGAGGGCCCAGGGUUUUCUGGAUGCGAGCAGUGAGGCAGAUGAGACCUCAUUCCCUGAGGAAGAUGCUGACCCAGAUGCCCCGUUGGGGGUUAGGGUCGCCACCCCGCAGGAGGCUGUGGUGUUCGAGGAAGAACCGGUCCUGGACAACUUCCUGUCCGAGGCUCAGCAUAUCCGCGGUGACAUCACUGAGCUGGAAAUGGAGGUGAAUAAGCUCACAUAUUCCUCCUAGGAGUGGGCGUAAUUAUAUACACAGGUCAAUCUGCAAAGCAUGCACCUUGGUUGGACUACAACUGUACGUACAAUUGUCCAUGAGAAUAAUGUUGUGAAUUCGGGAGGUGGAAGGAUGCUCUAUAAAUCCUUGUUGUUCAUUUAAAGUUUGACUGAAUCCUCUUCUCCUUCUCCCCAGGUGAAGAAGUUUAGCCAGCAACAAAGAACCCUGGUGGCGACCAUGCGUCGUUUCAGUGUGAUGAAGAAGGACAGUGGUGUGACGAGGGACAUCAAGCAGCAAGCAGAGAGCAUCCAUAGACGGCUGGACGCCCUCUCCAAGAAGGCACAGAGUUUAGAAGACCUGCAGGGACCGGCUACAGCUGCUACACGCAUUCAACGCUCCCAACACGCAGCGCUACUAAGACAAUUCCAACAGGUCACUCUCCAAUAGUUAUUAUAACCUUUUAUUUCAAUGGUGUUUUCUGAUGUUUUUCUGACAACACUUGAUGAACAUCAGCAAAAAAUAUAUAUUGUUAGGUUUAGUUUGCACAUUGUAGCCUUUUUUAAUAUCUGCUAGUGCUAGCUAGGCUAACAGUAAAUAGAAAUGGCUGUUUCUCGUCUAAAGUACUUUUUCAUCUUUUACCACUCCUAGGUGAUGCGUUUGUAUAACGACUCCAUCCUCAGUAAACAGGAGCGUUGUAAAAACUUCAUCAUCCGCCAGCUGGAGGUGUCUGGUCACGACGUCACCGAGGAGGGAGUAGAUGAAAUGGUUGCCACAGGGAAGUGGGAGGUGUUUAACCAGAACCUCCUCAACGACGAACGAAUCACACGCUCUCAGCUGUCCGAGAUCGAGCAGAGACACAAGGUAAGCGUAAGGUUUGAUGUAUAAGAAAAUGCAAGACUAUGUUCUUGAAGGUAAAGUUAAGACUCUCAGUAGGCCUUGUAUGUCUGUGACCGACAAACACUAAUGUCGCAUGUAAUUUAGACCAGUUUCACUGUCCGUUCAGACAAAUCCUUGACUAAUGUUCCGUCUUCAUCCUUCGUGCAACCGCUAUAGGAGCUACUGAAUCUGGAGAGUAACAUGAAGGAGCUGAGAGAUCUGUUCAUGGAUAUCUUUAUGUUGGUGGAGGAGCAAGGAAGCUACAUAGACAACAUUCAGACCAGCGUAGAGAAGACACAGGACUACGUCACCGUCACUAACGAGAAGUUUAAAAUGGCCGCCAAGUACAAGAAGAAGAACCCUCUAAGGAGGCUGUGCUGCUGUCGCUGCCCCUGGAGGUGCUGCACAUAGAGAAGGGACAAGUCCCCUGGACACUGGAGAUACCCCUGGAGGUUUUUCAGAUGGGGAGGGGAAGAGCUCUGGUGUGGAGAGUCUACAGGUAUGGGAGGGAAAGACUCUAGGGUGGCAUGGCAGAACAGUGUUCAGAGAAGAUUAUAAGAAUCAUGAACGCAAAAAUCAGCCCAUUACAGUGGUCAGAAAUCAUCCAGGAACAAUAAGAUUCUAAGAGGCUGUGCAGUUGAAGCAGAGUGGGAGUCAGUGUCUCCCCUUCUGAUGGACUACUGUAACUCAAGACAUAAUUCACUUUCAGAAUAAGCAAGACUGUUUAACUGCACAGAAGUAUUCACAAUGUGGAAACAGAUUGAAUUUUACUUUCAUUAAUCGUUGCAAGUAUUUAUUUUAAGUACUAGUUUUUGUAUUUACUCAAACUU